GAAACGUGAAAUAAGGUCAUGAUCACCAAGACUUUCCAUCUUAGCUAUAUAAAUAAUCAGCAAAAUGAAGAUUGAAUCAGUAGAAUACGAACUGUUAUGUGCCAAUUACUUGUAUAGCUUCUACAGAAUUUGAGAAACAAGGAAAGAGUGACGUGAAUUACAGUGCAAUGACUAUAUUCCACCUUCAUAUCAAACAAUUGUUAGGACUGCUUCUUGGAUAUGCUUGCAAUCAAUUUGCACAAAGCCACGAAAUAACAACACCUGAAUUUACGCAAGACGAAGAAGACGGUGCAGAAGGUGGGGAACACCAAUGGAUCAUUACUACGUUAAUAGUGGUUGGAUUAGUAUCGAUGACAAUUAUUCUGGGCCUAUGUAUUAUUGCAUUCUAUUUGUCGUCUCCUACUCGUGUGAAACCGCCAGGAUAUGGCAUAGAUGCUUCAAGAAUACCAUCUUCACCGGAUACAAACCUAGUCCAAUACGAGGCACAACUGAAAUAUUCUGAUCAAUCUAUUGACAGAAGCCACCAAAGCACAAGUUAUCCUAGUGCAAUUAAUCCAUUCGUCAAUAUAUUAAUGACAGAAGGAGAGAAGAGUGCUCCACAGCCUAUCAUACCCCAGUGCGAUGAACCUGUGCAGUCGAUUGCUCCAGAGUUUCCCCGUGAUGUUGAAUAUGGAAGGUCAAAUCGAUUCAAGAAAGCAGUGAAUGAUCGCCGAAAACGAGAUUUGUUUGAAAAUAUUCUUAGAAAAACAAAACGUUUGAAUCAGUUGCAAACACAGCCUAGUUUAUACAUACACAAUGUUGAAAUCAACAUUAUAAUGAACAAAAACUGUCACGAGGCAAAUGGGCGAAUGGCUGCCGACAAUGACCAUAUAAAGCUGCGUGAUCUAGAGUGUGAUAAUAUGGCAAAUAACGAUAUCAGAGAAGUAGUCGAAACCCAUUGCACCCAAAAAAAUAACGAAUAUAACACCUCACAAAAAUCGUUAGUUUUAUAUAAAAAGCCAUAAAGACUAUCGUACUUUGUUACUAAGCAUGAUAUAUUGUACUGUAUGGUUAAAGUUUGUUUCACAUGUAAUAGAUUUUUUUGAUAUAACCAAAUAGGCACCCACUAUGUACUGUAUAACAAUUUCACCAUUUAAAAAACUAAUUUAUUUAAUUUUAAUACAAUUUUUUUUUAAACUAUGCUUUUAAUUAUUUUAUUAACUUAAUGAAUAUCAAGUGAACUUUUUAAAGUACUUUAAAUGUUCCUCUUGUAUAGUUCUUGACAUAUUUUAUAUAUUUUAAUUUAUCGACCAGUUUUAGAUGACCAGUUACAAUCAAUCUUAUAUCGUGUCGAAUUUGUAAUAACUAUACUUGUUGAGGUAAAAUCAAAGUUGUAAUGCGAGGGAUAGGUAAUUCUUUUCCAUCAUUCUUUUACCGAUGACAUUGAUGAUUUUUUUAUAUUCUGUGUCGUUCUCUUGUUAUUUCAAUGUCUUAUGGGCUCUCUGUGAGAACAGUAGCAUGUUAAUGAAGCGGUAAACCCAGAUUAAAGAAUAAAUAAAUAAAAAAUAAAUAAAGUACAUACGCACAACUUUAGAUGUAAAUGUUUAUUAAGUUGAUUACCGGUAACUCAUCAAAACAUAAAUAAAAUAAAAUGUGUAUGUCUAGGUGAUAGUAUUAUGAACCACUGAAAUGUGGUAUAUUUCUUAAGAUAGUUGCUAUAUAGUAUUCGUUUUGGUUGUUCACUCAUUGACCAAUAAGCAAAGUAAACAGAUUGGUUUGAGCUCAGGUGAGGUUUCCUAUGCAUUUGUUUUGAAUGAAAGUUACAACUGUAAUAAAGAUUUAUGCUUACUAGUA